AUGAGGAUCGCAGCAGGCCUUCCUCACGACCUUUGGAAAGAGACCGUGGAAGCAUCCUGCUAUCUACGGAAUCGAACCCCUCGAGCCCCUAGGACUACGAAUUCAACUCCGAAUUCGUCAGAAGACUGGAAAACACCUCUUGAGCUCUUUACGAAGAAGGAUCAACCUCAACAGCAUGCCCAGCUCAAGGCCUACGGCUGUAGGGCCUACGCUAUGACUUCUAACGCACAGCUAGGCAAGAAAAAGAGGCAGAAGCUUGAUCCACGGUCACAUAUAGGAUACCUGGUUGGAUAUAAUUCGACUAAUAUCUUCCGGAUCUGGAUUCCGCAACGAAGAAAGGUUAUUUCGACUAGGGAUGUUAUUUUUGACGAAUUUACCUAUUUUGAUGGGAAAUUCGAGCAGCCGCAGCUGCUUCCUAGCAUCAAUGAUCUUAUUCAACGCGUUGAGAUACCGGAGGACCAGAAAAUCAACCAGGAAAUCCUUGACGAAGAAUCGGAGCUUGAGAGCGUGUUCGACGAAGACUCAGACGAGGAAGACGAAGAGGAACAGACCGACCCAGACGAAGAAGACUAUAAGAGGAAGUGCAAAGCUCGACUUGUGGUCUGCGGCAACCAGCAGGAAAGGGGGGAUCUACCGACUCGAGCAACGACCCUAGCAGGGAUGUCUUUCCGGGCACUCAUGGCUAUUGCAGCAGAAUUCGACCUCGAACUUGAUCAAAUGGAUGCAGUAAACGCCUUCGUUAACUGUCCACUCGAGGAAGAGGCAGAAUUCUUUUACUCCGGAAAGCCCUAUACGGUCUACGAAGAUCCCCUCUACUUUGGCAACAGCACCUUACCCGAUCCCUAG